AUGCCUUCUAUUUCUCCAGUACACACAAGAGAUGCUUAUCGCCGACCGUUGACACCUGAAGCACCGAACGAUGAGCUUUUAAAGCCAAAGAAAAAACAACUCAAAAAUAAACCCCACACUGGUAAAGCCAUUUCGUCUCAAUCACGCUUGUCUAUACAUAGUUCCAGUUUGGAAAGCUCUGUCAAUUUGAUGGAUUUGGUGAAUGGGCCAUAUCAAAAUUUGCAAAGUUUAGGUCACACACGACGGUCGCCCAACGGUGAUUCCAACCAAAUACUCCACUCUAGUACCUUGUACCCAGGGUCAAAUUUUGUUGGAAGCCAGAUAUUUCAAGAUAAGAGAUAUGAUCUAUCAAUAGAAUUGAAAUAUGUCGACUUAAAUCAAAGUUACAUGAAUGGAUAUUUGUCAAUCAGAAACUUGACCGAGAAGCAUCCAGAAAUCACUACGUUCUUUGAGGCGGAGUUGAUUAGCGAGAAUCAUAACUUCUUGAGUAGAAGAGCCACUGAUGAUUUGCAAAUUGAUGAUACAAUCGAUAUAUCUAAUUGGAGCAGAUUUCCUCAUUGGAGGCAGGAUAUUCUCCCCAAAGUCCGGAAAAGUUUGUCGUGUUUGUCAGCUCUUGAUCUAACCGAGAAAAAAGACCCUUUUUUCAAUAAACCGUCUAACUUGUACAUUCAUAAGGAUUAUUUAGAUCAGCAAUAUAUUUACAUGAGAUGGAAGGAAGUGUUCUUGGUUCCUGAUGCAACAAAAAAGUUGGUCUCUGCUUCUUACGAUGGGAUUUACUAUGCAUGCUUGGACCAGUAUACCGGAAACAUAACAGGGUAUUAUUACCAUGGAAAAUUGGAGGAUCAGUUUCUUGACUUGGUGCAUGCUUCGUCCAGAGGUGCUUGCCAAUCUUUUGAUUUUUGCUAA